UGAAAUAAAAUUUCAACGCGAAGAUAAAAAUGCAAAAUUACAGUGUAGUGUUGGCAAUAUCAGCAACACUAUCCAAAUUCUGUUUUAGUAUCCAUUCGGUUCCUAGUGGUAUAAGCAACACUAUUCCAAAACACGAACAAUUAUUUCAAGCGAAGAUGACGGAGGUAAUAAAAACAGUAAUAACCCAAUACCAUGAAAUCAUAGACAACCAAAGUGAUCCGAGAGUCAAAAACUGGUUUCUAAUGAGUUCGCCGUUGCCCACAAUGGCUAUUUGUCUACUAUAUUUAUAUUUUGCGACCAUAGCAGGCCCGAAAUUCAUGAAAACGCGAAAACCGUACAAUCUCAAAAGCAUUUUAAUUGUUUAUAAUUUAUUUCAAGUUAUAUUUAACUCUUAUUUGUUCUAUGAGGGCAGUGCGGUUGGAUGGCUGAACCACUACAACUUCCGGUGUCAACCUAUGGAUUACUCGGAAAAGCCCUUGACGAUCAGAAUGGUAAAAGCGGUCUGGUGGUACUAUAUCUUAAAACAUAUCGAUUUACUCGAUACCAUUUUCUUCGUCUUGCGAAAGAAAAACAACCAAAUAACAAGUUUGCAUCUAAUUCAUCAUAGUUUAAUGGCCUUUAGUGUUUGGUUUGGGGUCAAAUUCGCCCCCACUGGCCAUGGAACAUUUUUCGGUUUCUUAAACACUUUUGUUCACGUUUUAAUGUACUCGUACUAUUUAAUCGCGGCUUUAGGGCCCCGGUUUAAAAAUUUUUUGUGGUGGAAACGAUAUCUAACUAGGAUUCAGAUAACACAGUUUGUGCUUGCGAUAAUUCACUCUUCUCAGUUGUUCUUCACUGACUGCGAAUAUCCCAAAGUGUUUCUUUGGGUUAUAAUAAUACAUGCGACUUUGUUGCUGUCGCUAUUUUACAAUUUCUACGAAACUACGUAUCUAAAGAACAAUGCUAAAGCGACUGUUGAUCAGUGGAGUAAACGGAAUCUGCCGUUUUGCUUUCUUCCACAAACUCACCUGGUAGAUGCUGAAAUGCGUGAAGAACACAAACUAAAGAAAACUUGAAACGGAAUUAACAUAUUUGGGUGUAGUAGAAUAGCUUGUUAUAUAUAUAUAUUUGUUUGUCAAA